UUCAAUGUGUGACAUUUACAAAUUACAAUCCAUGAACGUCUUUCCUCUCUCAAACAUGUGACAUGAUUAGACCAACCGCAACGGAGGCACGUUGGGAGUCCUUAGCAGUUAAACCGAUGGAUUAUGCAAUUUUAUAAUAAUAUUUUGGUUAAAAUAACUAAGGAUGAGUCCGUAGAUAAGGAGUCGAAGGACUUGAUCCUUGUGCACGUGGCGGAGGGUGAUAGGGCUGGGUCGCAUAUGUGUUUCGUUUUGGAAAAAAAAAAAUUCAUUCAACCGAAGCCGGAGAAAAAAAAAACAAAGCUCUCGACGAAAAGGCGAUAUCCUCGAUCGUGUUCUUCCACGAAGAUCCAAGGUAAACCGAUGUCUUCUGUGGUCGAUUUAAUGAUUAAAGUAGGUUUUAUGAUGUUAUCGUCUCAAUUUAGGGUUCGUUUCCGUUUCAAUCGAUUUGGGGAUACUUUCGAUUUAGGGUUUCAAAAAAAUUUUGGGUUUUCAAUUGAUUUCCGGUUCUUUUGGGUUCAACUUAUUCAAAACGUUCUCGGUUUCAAUCUAAGGGAUCUUCGUAUUUGUUCUUAAACAUGUUUCGAUUUCGGUUUCGAAAGACCAAUUUGUUUUCAAUCGAUUUGAACGUCUAUUUGUUUUCUUAUUACGGUUUAUAUGUGUUUGGUUUUUAGUUUGCGUAUCUGUAUGGUUUGAUUAUUCAAAUCUUGUUGUCUGUUGAACUCGAAAACUCAAUCUUGGAUGCCCUCUGUAGUGUUGCCUAUCUUGUUUUAUUAGUUCUCGUUCUCGUUAUUCUGUUUCGUUGCUCUGUAGUCUUAUUGCUCUUUAAUAAUCCUUCUUCUUUGCUUACAAAUUAUCUAUUUUUUUCAGGUCAAACAACCAUGGGACAAGACUAUAGCUACAGCCAGCCUUCUUCAUCUUCGGAGUUUGACAUGACCUCCCUACUCUUAGCAGAAGCUGAAGCCUACGCGGAUGAAGCUGAGAGUAGCUACCCAAUUGAAGAGUCGGUUCAGUACCCACUGCAACCUGAGGCAGAUGAAGGCAUCCCGACGACAUGCUAUUGUGGUGCUGAGCCAGUUGUUGAAACUUCGUACACUCGUAGAGAUCCAGGCAGAAGGUACUUCUCGUGCGUCAACGUUAACGAUGGAGACUGUCACAUUUGGAAGUGGUGGGAUGUGGCGAUCAUGGAGGAGAUGCGUGACUUUCAGAGACAAGUCAGGCUGCUCAAGAAUCAAUUCUUUGAGACUGACCAGAAGGUGGCAAAGCUAGAGAAGACCGUGGGUUUGUUACGUAAGAAGAAUUCAGGGGUUGCAAAGGGAGUUUGUCUACUGGUCAUGGUAAUAACAGUCAUGAUUUUGUGCUGGAAGAGCUUUGGAGGAUUUAAGCCACAACGUCUGAACUCGAGAUUGUCUUGCCAGGUACGAUCUUGCUGGUGCUUAAUAAAAACCAGCACUUCACUGUUUUUUAGUUUACGUAUAGUUUAGAUAUUGUCUUUGAAUAAAAAAACAUAUUAGGAUGAUUUAAUGGUAGUUUGCUUCCUAACUCCUUAGAUUUGAUAGGUUUUAAGAGUUAGCAGUAGAGAACUUAUUAGGAUGAUUUAAUGGUAGUUUGCUUCCUAUAACUCCUUAGAUUUGAUAGGUUUUAAAAGUUAGCAGUAGAGAACUUAUUAGGAUGAUUUGAUUGGUGCUAGUGCUUAAAUGCUUAUUAGGUUUUAAAUGCUAGUUUACUUUCUAUCUGCCAAAGUACGCCGACCAUAAAUAUUUUUUACAUCUACUUCGCUUACUUAAGGGCCUGUGUUGUUAAUAGAGUGACGCAGACCAUCCUCUAAACAUGAAUCAUACAACUGGGUAUGUUAAUCUUUUGUAUAGUCAAUGUUCAGUUGACCUUGAGUCUCCCGAACCUGCUUGGUGAUGAAGAUUAAUAAUUUGUGUAUCUUUUACUUUCAUUGUAUCUUUAUUUUUAGUUAUGCAAUUAAUAAAAUUUCAAUUUAAUUUUUUUUUUUUUUGCUAAGGACUCCAUCUUCAGACACACCAUUGGACGAACAUUUUUUAUUCUAAUCCUUAACUAUUCAAAAAAAAAAAAAUAUAAAUAAAAUAAUGCUAAGGACUCAUUGGUGGAGCACACCAUUGCAUAUGCUCUUAGUGCCAAAAGCAAAAAAAGAAGAAGAAGAAGUUAUAUUCUGCUAGUCAAAUAACAAUUAAGGAAAUUUAUCAACAAAAGAUUCUUCUUUAACUUUUGUUACCAAAUUAUAUAUUGGACUCGUAUUUUAUCAUUAAACUUUGUUAGCAUUUUAUUUUAUUUAACAAACUUUAAUUGUAAUGUAACUUGUUUCCAAUUUUUAUUAAUUCAAUUGUGUAAAAUUAGACAUUUUCAUUAUUUUGUUACCCAAAAGUUUAAACAAAGAAUUUGCCCAGAGCCGGUUCUGAAAUUUUCGAGGCCCUAUACAAAAAUAAAAAAAAUAUUUUAAAUAUCAUAUCAUAAAAUUUAAAAAAAAAUUAAAAAAAUAUUUACUAUGAUACUUACAUAAUCUUUUGAAAAUAACCUAUUAUAAUACCUUUUUACAUUAA